UCUCGAGAGCUUUAUCUAUUCGUAAGAUGUGAUAGUGCACAAGCGAUAAUAUUAUAAACUCGAACUUGUUUACACAUUUGAAAAUGUGAGGACAUAUCCUCGUUCUUGCUUCGAUACGCACUUGAGCACAAGCUGCGACUCAAAAGCGAGACCGAUCUCGCGGCGACAAGUCAGUGCAUGAGGAACGAGUCGUCGACGAGGAAGACAAGAAAGACGAGGCAGCAUCGACAGGAAGAGCCCGGAAACCUACGGAACGAAGAUACGUGAGUGUCAAAAGGACGCGCUCGUACGACGAUCGGCACGCGAACGCACCUUUUACGGAGGACAAAGUCAAGAGUGCCUCGAUAAAACAUGAUGCGUGCCGGCUUAAUCGCUCGCAAGAUCAAUGGCUCGCGCUUACUAUCGGAAAUGCAACGUCGCGCCAGGUCGAUCGCGCCCGCGAUCGAACGCUGCGAGAUCAAGAACGCGGACGGUGAAUCCACGCGACCUUACGAGGAUAUUCCCGGGCCGAAGAAGUCGUUUAUGGUCGGCAACGUUUUUAAAUUUCUGCCGUACAUAGGUAAAUACUAUACGGAAAACCUAGAUGCACAGCUGCGGAUGUUGCGCGAAGAAUACGGCGAUAUUGUCAAGCUGGAAGGUUUGCCAGGUCGACGGCCGUGUGUUUUUUUAUUUACUCCGGAAUUAGGCCAAAUGAUGUUCCGACUGGAAGGCACCUGGCCGAUGCGAUUAGCCAUGGAGAGCUUGCAUCACUAUCGCAUGAGCAGGCCAGAAUUCUAUGGCGAUCAAGUCGGUCUCGCGACAGGUCAGGGAAAAUCAUGGCAAGACUUCCGCACGAAAGUCAACCAAUACAUGAUGCAACCGCGAACGGUCAGGGCGCACGUCGUGCAGAUUAACGGAGUGACCAGCGAUUUUAUGGAGAUAAUGCGAACGUUACGGGAUCCUGACACCCUGGAGUUGCCCGAUGACUUCUGCAACGAGCUGUCAAAAUGGAGCCUCGAGUCGAUAUGCGCGAUCGCAUUGGACUGCCGACUGGGAUGCUUAAAGCUUGAUCUUCCCACGGACUCGGAGGCGCAAAUAGUGAUUAAUAGCGUGCACACUAUGUUCGACCUCAUGUACCGCUUGGAGAUUCAGCCGUCCCUGUGGAAGCUAUACAAUACGCGGAAUCUCAGGAAGUUCUUCCGCACGCUGGAUACGCUUAAUGGAAUAGUCAUUAAGCAUAUCAACCGUGCCAAGGAGAAGUUUAACAAGCAAACAUCCGACACGAACGAAGGCGAUCGCAGUAUACUGGAGAAACUGCUGCGCAUCGAUGAGAGAACAGCUCGCGUAAUGGCGGCCGAUAUGUUCACCGCCGGUAUCGAUACGACCGGUAAUACGGCCGGCGCCUUGCUGUAUAACAUCGCGAAUAAUCCGGAGAAACAGGAGAUACUACGGGAAGAAGUGCGGUCUUUCUUGCCGGACAAAUCGUCACCCGUCACGCCCGACAUCCUCGAACAGACGAAAUACUCUAAGGCCUGCAUCAAGGAAUCCCUCCGUGUAUUCCACAUCGCCAUCGGCUCGCUCAGAACUCUACAAACGGAUGCUAUCCUGGCAGGAUAUCAUAUACCAAAAGGGGUUGACGUCAUAGCUUGUCACUCAGUGGCCGCGUUGGAUCCGGCGUACUACCCGCGACCGCAGGAGUUCAUUCCCGAGAGAUGGUUGCGGGGCAACACGGAGUUCCCAUCAGCCAAGGCCGCGCAUCCCUUCUCGUACAUGCCUUUCGGAUUCGGCCCUCGCACCUGCAUCGGCCGAAGAUUCGCCGAGAUGGAGCUCGAGACGUUGCUUAUGACGGUCGUGCGGAAUUUCCGGCUAGAAUGGCAUCAUGAACCGAUGACGUACACAAGCAAAUUCAUAAAUACGCUGAAGGCGCCGCUACGAUUGAAGAUCAUCGAUAACUUCUUUAAUGCAGACCCAUCUCGAAAACUCGAGAUAUCAGUCAUGCGCAACAAAUCUAAAUAUUGGUGCAUCAUGACUAUGGACCAUUCGAGGAAUCGGCAACGCUGUUCCAAAGCAGCGAUCUAUCACCAUAUAGAGAAUCCACCGUCUAUGCUAACGCGUAAAGUACCGACCGCGACCGGCGACCUCAGCCAGCUGCUCAACAGCAUACAAACCGCCGUGAAGGCCGUCAGCUCGGCCGUGAGGAAGGCCGGCAUUGCCAACAUGUACGGUAUCGCCGGCAAUACCAACGUCCAAGGCGAGGAAGUCAAGAAGCUGGACGUUCUGAGCAACGAGCUCUUCAUCAACAUGCUGACGUCCUCUUUCACCACGUGUGUCCUCGUGAGCGAGGAGAACCAGCACGCCAUCGAGGUGGAGACGGAGAAACGCGGCAAGUACAUCGUGUGCUUCGACCCGCUCGAUGGCUCGUCCAACAUCGACUGCCUCGUUUCGGUGGGCUCGAUAUUCGGAAUUUACAAAAAAGCCGAACAAUCCGGGGAAUCCGGCACGGUCCAAGCAGCCCUUCAACCGGGACGCAACCUGGUCGCAGCGGGAUACGCUCUUUACGGCUCGGCGACCAUGAUAGUGCUCUCCAUCGGUCACGGUGUUAACGGAUUCACGUACGAUCCGGCCAUCGGGGAAUUUAUACUGACCGAGAGGAACAUGCGUCUGCCUGCCAGGGGCGAUAUAUAUAGUAUUAACGAAGGCCACGAGGGUGCCUGGGACCCCUGUAUUAAGGAAUAUAUACGCACGAAGAAAUAUCCCGUGAGCGGAAAGCCAUAUAGCGCCAGAUACGUGGGCUCCAUGGUCGCCGACGUGCACCGGACGAUUAAAUAUGGCGGUAUCUUCUUGUAUCCCGCAACCAAGAGCAAUCCCAAUGGCAAGCUGCGACUACUGUACGAGUGCAUACCGAUGGCGUUUAUAAUCAAGAAAGCCGGUGGUCUCGCGACAAACGGCAAAAUUGAUAUUCUGGACAUCGUGCCGGAGAGCAUUCAUCAGAGAUCGCCCAUUUUCUUGGGCUCUAAGGACGACGUUGACGACCCGUUAGAGACCGACAGCACUGAUAACGUAGCUAUUUAUUCCGCACACGCCAUGCGCGCCGGCCUGCCGCACGGUUCGCGUUUAACCUCUUCGGCGUGCAGCCUCGAACGCACCGUAGGAGCACGAACUAUUGAUCGGCCGGUCGACAGUGCGCCAGCGCAAGUCGACCGAACGAAGAGAAGCUUUCACAAGCGAGCCACCCUCGGCUCUAGUGUUUGGCCGACGUCUGGUUGCUGUUAUGCUCGUCACACCGAAACGUCCUUAGAUGCUGCUGUCAUGUCCGGUGACAGGGAUUAUAUCGGAUUCGCGACACUGCCAGAGCAAGUGCACAGAAAAUCGGUGAAGAGGGGCUUCGAGUUCACCCUGAUGGUAUUGGGUGAAACCGGUCUCGGGAAGUCGACGCUCAUUAACAGUCUCUUCCUCGGAGACCUGUAUAAAGACCGGCGAAUUCCGGAUGCGGCGGAGCGCGUGGUUAAGACUACCUCUAUCGAGAAGAAGACAAUGGAUAUAGAGGAGCGCGGCGUGCGGCUCCGUUUGACGAUCGUGGAUACGCCAGGAUUCGGCGACGCGGUAAAUUGUGAGGACACGUGGAAAGCGUGCUUGGCUUACAUCGACGAGCAAUUCCGCCAGUAUUUUACGGACGAAAGCGGAUUAAACAGGAAGAAUAUCCAAGAUAACAGAGUGCACUGUUGCCUGUAUUUCAUCCCACCGUAUGGUCAUGGCCUCCGGCAAAUCGAUCUCGAGGUAUUAAGGCGCUUACAUCGGAAAGUAAACGUAGUUCCCGUAAUAGCAAAAGCGGACACUUUAACCGUUCACGAAGUGAAGAAGCUGAAGGAACGCAUCUUGGCGGAUAUCGAGGAACACGAGAUUCAGAUAUACCAAUUUCCGGAUUGCGACAGCGACGAGGACGAGGAAUUUAAGCAACAGGACAAAGAACUGAAAGCGUGUAUACCGUUCGCGGUUGUCGGCAGUUCGACGGUGUUGGAAGUAGCUGGGAGAAAAGUUCGCGGCCGACAAUAUCCGUGGGGCGUAGUGGAAGUUGAGAAUCCAAAGCACAGUGACUUCGUCAAACUAAGGACGAUGCUAAUAUCGACGCAUAUGCAAGAUCUAAAGGACGUCACGCAGGACGUUCACUACGAAAAUUUUCGGGCCCAAUGUAUUUCCCAAAUUUCACAGCAAGCGAUCCGGGAACGGAGUAAACUGAAGCGAGACUCCGGGCCGCAUUUCGAGAACAAUAUAUCCGACACAGAUAGACUACUCUUGCAGAAGGACGAAGAGAUACGAAGGAUGCAGGAUAUCCUAGCGCAAAUGCAAGAGAAACUCAAAGCAACCGGUCAAGUUGGCGGUUUGAAAGGUCGAGUCGGUAGCCUCGGCAAUGAUCUGGACUCUGCGGACGUGGAGAAAAAACGUAACAGUAUUAUAGACGUUUGAAGUAAAUUAUUUUCGGGAUAUAUUUAGGACAUAGGGUUUAUCCGAGAGGUCUGUACAUAUAUUUAAUUUUCAAUUACUUUCUUCGAUAUAUUAUGUAUACGAUAUAUGCAUAGAAUUUACGAAAACUCUUCGAGUUUUCUCUUUAUAUACAGAGUGUCCCAGAUUCUCUUCCGCAAUUUUGUGGGAACGUAGAACGGAUUGAGGUGAACAUAAAGGUACUAUACCGUUUUGCGAUAUUCUCAAUCAUAGUUGGCAGACCUUACCUUUUGACACACUCUGUAUAUUUGUGUUAAAGAGAGCGGCCAAGUUUAGUCUGAUUUUUCGAAAAUAUCCAAUAUUUUUGCAUAUUAUAAAAACUUAUGGCGAGCUGAUUCCAACUAUCUCUCUCAUAUGCGAAGGACCGAUUAAUGGUCGAAUAAUGGUUCUAAAACUGAUCAGCUAGAUGCUCUGAUCGGUAGGCGACAACAUAGUCUGCUGCUCUCGCCAGUCAAUUUUGAACUAUACAUUCACAGAUGACGACCCAGAACUUUGAACUUAGUGGCUCGCGCAAGUCGAGUUCAGUCAAAAUUCAAAUGAAAACAUGGCAUCGCCAUUUGUUGAUUUUGAGAGUUACAUGGUUCGAAUCUGCUCGCUGUAAGCUUUCAUAAUAUACAAAAAACAUAUCAGACUAAAUACUAUAUUAUAUACGCUAGGCCAUACUUUUUAUAUUUAUUAUUCGUUGAGCUCUUUCUCUUCUACAUCCUUGGUCACACAUUUUAUCUCGCGUUUAGGAGGAAACGCGAGCUAAUGCUGCCAAAAAUUGACAAACGCUUACUCGCCAAACAUUCGACUCGAGUUUGUACAGAUCUGUCGACUACACUCUGCAUUACGUCAGUGAUACGCAAAAUCGUAUUUUAUACUUAGCGUAUACAUAUAAAUUAUUUAUACCAGAGAUAGACACGCAAAUAAUCGUAUCGAAAACUACCGAGAAAAUACACCGUGAAAAUAAAAAAUAUGUAUUUGUUUACGUCGAGUGCUGUUUACGAGAUGGCUGUGUAACAGACCGAAAGAAAAAAGGGUCGUUUCGUUUGAAGAUAUUUUAACACGAUCAUAACAAACAACACAUAAUAGCGCGACAAGAUAUCGGAAAUCUGUUCCUCUUAGCUGCGCCACACUGAAAAAAAAAUCUAAAAAAUAAAAAAUAAUUUAUUCUAUGGGUACUAAUUACAUGUUUAUUUGCACUAAUACAUAGAUAUCUUUACAUUAAGAAAAAUUCUUUUUCACAAUUUAUGAAAAAAUAUAUGCAUUUUCCUAAAAUCGUCACUUUUCAUGAAGACAAUUGUUUAUUCUGUUAAGAAUAAAAAAUUUAGAUUUAAGAAAAUAUUAGUACCUACCGAAUAAAUAUUUUUUAUCUUUUAGAUAUUUUUUCUCUCUGUGUAUACAUUAUAUACAUUUUGCACUUGAAAUGAGAUAAAUGUAUGAAAUAAAAUGUAUUUCCUGAAAAAUAGAAGGAGGAAAGUUGUAUAGAAUGCAUAAGUAUCGAGAGUACAUGGAGUGCAGUUAAGAGAAGAGAUUUUUAAACUGACUGAUUGAUUGAGCGUGUAAACAAAAGCAUUAGAAUCAGUAAGCUACUUCUAGAUGUUUAGCAUACUAGUAUGCAGAUUAAUGGUAUGCCAGUGUGAACUGUGACAAGUAAUUAAUGUUCUAAAUACGCACAAUAUUCUCUGUAAUUACGUAAAUUUAAUGUGAGAAGUAUUAAUUAUCGAAUUGUGAAAAACGCAUUUACACGCCUCCUAAUUUAUUUAAUUCUUAAUUUAUUUUAUUUCGUCUAAACUUUAUUGUUGAGAGGCAGAGUAUGUAGACUUUUUAUAAUAAUAAACGUACCGUAAAAUACGGUAAAUUUCAGUCUCAA